AAUAAUUGCCGUGCGUGUCACGGGCAAACCUGCCCCGUAUGCUCCAUAAAGAACUGGACUCUUGCGUUCUUCUCCAAUACAUCGCCUGAUUUCAUUGCUUCUUCUCGAUUGGCCAUCUCUCUCUCUCUCUCUCUCUCUCUCUCUCUCUCGCUCUCUCUCUCUCUCUCUCUCAAUGGAAAGGAAGCUCGUGCAGUACUCAGUGGUGGACGCAUUCACCGAUACGGCCUUCAAGGGGAACUCGGCUGCGGUGUGCAUCUUGGAAGAAGAGAGGGAGGAAGAGUGGUUGCAGGCAGUAGCGAGGGAGUUCAACAUCUCAGAGACCUGUUACCUGACCCGGGCCUCGGCCUCGGAACACGUCAGCUCGGCCGAUGGGAGAUCGAGCCCGAGGUUUCGGCUCAGGUGGUUCACUCCAGUUGAGGAGGUUGACCUCUGCGGUCAUGCAACGCUAGCUGCUGCGCACACUCUUUUCACAUCUGGGAUGGUAGAUUCUGACACCAUCGAGUUUAUGACGUUAUCCGGAAUUCUGACUGCUAAAAGGGUUCCAGAAACGAAGUCAUCCGACAAUUCGAAGAUUCAAGAUGGUGAUGUGCCCGGAAAAUGGAUCGAAUUGGAUUUUCCUGUAGUCCCAAUCACGGAAGAUGAUGCCGAACGGAUUUCCUCUGUCUCCAAAGUUCUCAAUGGCACUUCCAUUGUUGAAAUCAAGAAGACGGCAAAGGGCGACCAUUUCGUUGUUAUUUCAUCAGGGAAAGAAGUUGAAGAAUUUCAGCCUCAGUUUGAUGAGAUACAAAGAUGUCAUGGGAGGGGUAUUAUCAUCACAGGAUCGGCUCACCCAGACUCAGGAUUUGAUUUUGUCAGUCGAUUCUUUUGCCCAAAACUUGGGGUGAAUGAGGAUCCUGUAUGUGGCAGUGCACAUUGUGCUUUGGCAGCUUAUUGGAGUGAAAAGCUGGGGAAAAAUGAUUUUGUUGCCUAUGCUGCAUCGCCCAGAGGUGGAGUAGUGAAGGUGCACAUGGACAAGCAGAACCAGAGAGUGACGUUGCGCGGCAAAGCUGUAACUGUAAUGAGGGGCUCUCUUCUCGUUUGAAUUUCUAGCUCUUCUACUUCAUUUUGGCCUUCUAGCACGUGAAAAUCCUGUACGUGAGAAAUAAAUGAUAUAAAUGAUCUUAUGUUUUGGGUUCGGUGAAACCAAUUGGAAUAAUGUGAACUGCCUGAGAUAGCAUCCUUUCCUGUA